AGGAUACAGGGAAUGGAUAAUACCACAUCACAUGACAUCACAUCACGUGCUUGGGAAAAGGGGAGAGGAGAUGAAAAGAGGCUGGGUACUUCUGUCAAGAACACUGACAGCGAGACAUGGACGGCACGGUAGCGGCAUUUGGCGCUGGGGAAGGGAAGAAAGGUGUUAUUGGCUGGGUUUGGGUUUGUUUUUCACAUACCUCUCUCUGUUGCAUUGUUUCCUAUUUUAUUCUACCCCUGCUUAGUUACUACUAUCCCUUUGGUAUUCUUCUGUUCUGGGCAAGAAUUAGUCUCUUCUUCUCAAGGGGGAUAAAAGCGGGAACGGGAAAAGGGGUUAGAAUAGGACCAGCAAAGGAAACCAGCAAGAGAGUCAAGGAUACCAAGCCUGGCGUAUGUCAAUGAAUGACAAUAUGUCUUUUGCCCUUUACUUUUUCUCCUUUGUUGUCCUUUUACCCUUUUUUAAGG